AAAUACAUAGAUGCUAAAUAUAAUUUUAAUAAACAUUGCGCACUUUCUGCUAAAAAUAUGAGAUGUGCCGUGCCCAAUUGCAGGAAUGCUUUUGUGAGCAGAUCUAAAAGGGAUCCGGAUCAGCAGCAGCAGAUCGGCUUCUUUCGGUUUCCCAAGUGUCCGGAAACAUUCAAACUUUGGCUCGCAUUCUGCGGCUUCACCAAGAACUCCCUGAAAUGGAAGAACCCAUGCAUUUGCAUCGAACACUUUAAGGACGAAGACAUCGAGGGCUCCCUAAAGUUUGAAAUGGGACUGGCCAAAAAGCGAACUUUGCGACCCGGUGCGGUUCCCUGCAUAAUCAAAAGCCAGGAAAGUCCUUCCGAAAGAGCACGAAAGGAAAGGACACAACGGCGAAGGAACCAAAAACUUGUGGCCCAGCUCCUGGCGGAAGAUAACUCCAAGUCGAGUGCUCCAGCGGCGUCCACGUUUGCCUGUCCAGAACAGGAAAAAGUGGACUUAUCAGAGGCAGUAGCAAUGAAUUUCGAUCCACUUAUCGCCAGGGAUCAGUUGGAAAAACGGGAGCGGUGUCGCAUUUGCUACCAGGACUUUGUCGUGGACACCAGGGCGAAGGAUCUUUUCGACCAGGCCAACAGUAUUCUGCUCUUCCACAUUGAAGUCAUUAGUGGUGUUUGGAUUAACCACAAACCAGACGAACCUCAACUUAUGUGCCCUGCGUGCUUACUAUCCCUGGACCAGGCCAUCGAUUUCCGGGAAAUGUGCAUCAGUACGGAGCUAAGGAUCAGCCAGGCCGAGCCUUUAAGGAAAAUAGAUCCAGAUGAAACCGAGCUAGAGGCAUUAAACGAGCAGACUACUCCAUCAGAUACCGAAUUGGUUUCGGACUCAGAGUAUACAAAUUUAGAAGAGAUUGAAGAUGCCAAGGAGGAGGAAGAGCUUUUAGAGGAUGAAGUCGAUUCGAAUGACCAGUUAGAUCAAGAUCCAGCUAUGGAACCCGAUGAACCCGCCCCAAACGAUCCGCUCAGUGUGGCUCUUGGGGCAAAGAUCUUUAAAGAACUGAUCGAUCAAUACACGGGGCGCGAAAAAACUAAACCAAAACAGGAGGCCUCAGCUGCGAAGCUGUCUAGGGGCAAACUAGCCGCAGCUAGCGACGAAAAGCCAAAGCUCAGGGCCAAACCCAAGACCAGAGAAGAGAGGAAUCUCAUACGCCGUGCCCAGCUGCGAGCCAAGCCGCCCAACUUUGUGUGCGACCAGUGCGGCCAGGCCUUCCGCAUGUCCCAUAACCUGCGGAUUCACAUGCUUCGGCACAGCCGCACUAAGAACUACCAGUGCAGCGAGUGCCCAAAGACCUUCUACGAUGCCUACAUGCGGAACAUACACAUCCGCAUCAGUCACCGGGGCGAAUCGCCCUUCGCCUGUCGUUUCUGCAGCGAAACGUUUGCUUAUGCUGGAGCUCGCCAAAAGCACGAGAGUGAGGUCCAUAAUGCAGCGCCCCGCCUUAUUGUGAAUCGAAUCAAUCCAAAGCCCAUGGCUAAGCCACGGGAUGACGUGCGCUUUCAAUGUAAACUGUGCCACAAACAUUACGCCUCCAAGUAUGCGCUGGGCUGGCACAUCAAGUCGCACACCGAUGCGAAUGCCUUUAAGUGCCAGCAGUGCAGCAAGAGCUACUCAGAUCCCAACAAGCUCAAGCGCCACGAGAAGACCCACGAGAAGAGGCCGCUCCAGUGCGACGUCUGUUUGAAGGGAUUCUACCAGCGGACGCGGCUGCGGGAGCACGAGGCAAUCCACACCGGAGAACGUCCAUAUUGUUGCGAGGUCUGUAAUGUGCACUUUCGCUACAAGUACAACAUGAAGACGCAUGCCAACAGCAAAAUGCACCAGGAUAACGUCCGAAAAAUGGGCGGAGAACCAAUACUUGAAGCCGAAUGAAACGAGAUAUAUUUUUCAA